AUGCCCCAGGGUGAGCGGCCCCGCGAACGGCUUCGGGACUACGGCCCCCGCUACCUCAGCAACGCCGAGCUUAUCGCCAUCCUGCUGCGCACCGGCAUCCAGGGGGAGAAUGUGCUGGCUAUGUCCAACCGCCUGCUCAGCCGUUUCGGCGGGCUGGACGGCCUGGGCCGCAGUACCUUCGCCGAGUUGUGCGCUGAACGGGGACUCAGCGAGGCCAAGGCCAGCCAGCUUAUGGCCGCCCUGGAGUUGGGCCGCCGCUUCAUUUCCCUGGCUCCCCAGGACCGGGCGCAGAUAAACUCGCCCCAGGAUGUGGCUAACCUGCUGCAAGCUGAAAUGGCUUCGUUGGAGCAGGAACAUCUGAGGGUGCUGCUGCUCAACACCAAGAACCAGGUGCUCAGCACUGUUGAGGUCUACGUGGGCAACGUCAACAGUUCCAUCGUUCGUCCUUCGGAAGUGUUCCGGCCGGCGGUGCGCGACAAUGCUCCGUCAAGCAUCGUGGCCCACAACCACCCCUCCGGCGACCCUACACCCAGCCCGGAAGAUGUCAGCAUCACCCGCGAGCUUGUAUCCGCCGGCAAGCUGCUGGGAAUAGACCUGCUGGACCACCUGGUGAUCGGCAGCGGCGGCCGCUACGUCAGCCUCAACGAACGCAAGCUGGGGUUUGAGUAA